AUGCUGGUUCCUUGGAAAGAGUUGCAACAAGGCCCAUCUCCCGCUGACAAGUCCCUAUUGCUCGACUAUGUUUCGCCCAUGGUGCCCACUGCCCUUUGGCAAGCCAUCAAGAACCGCCACUGGGCCGUUGCCCUCUCCAUCACCGGCCACUUGCUGAUACUCGGCACGACCGUCUUCUCCACCGGUUUGCUGAUCCUCGAGUCAACCGAGGUGACCAAGACCAGUCAAGACUUUGGCAUCAAGAAUGAAUUUCGGGUCAAAGACCCAAAAGAUGUCGACCUUGCUUUCAAAGUCGGCCCAGCUGCCGCCCAAUUGUACUACGGCAUUCACUUCCAGGGUCUGCAGUACCCUGCCGGGACCUCCGAGAAUCUCAUCCUACCCGAGCUCCAGCUCCCAAACGGCGUGUCCGACGAUCUCAAUUAUACUCUGACAACCGAGGGCAUUCGCGUAGGUCUUGAUUGCGAGAUCCUGCCCAUCACCAAUGGAACCGAGGCUAGAAUGCCCUGGAAGAGUAUCCUGGGAUCAUUCAUCGUGACCAAUAUAUCGACUUCCGAUUGCAAGAUUAAUGGCGUCACGAUCGGCGUCGGCCCUGAUCACAACUACUACCAUCGAAAGAAUGCGACGCAAAACUACCAGGGACUCUUUGGGGUGUACCCUUGCAAUGUUGAUUGGAACUUUGCUACCCAGUAUCUCCAAGCGAAUGACACCGACAAACGCGACAUGAUCCAAGACGUCUAUGCAGACCAGCGGAUAGUCCUGUCUGUGGCCGACUUGAGGGUAGCACCAUGGAACAUAUCGAAGGCCAAUGCAGACUAUUUCUACGCUCAGGAAGUCAAGGUGGCACUAUGCAAGCCGAGAUACAAUCUCCAAUUCUUCGAUGUGCAGGCCGCGAGUCUCGUCAAUAAUUCUGCUCGAGCAGUCUUAUCGUCCAUCUCGAAAUCGGGCCGGAAGCUCGUCUCUGGAUUGCCUGUUGGGGCCGUCGCCAGGGGUGUCGAAACCGCCUCCAAGGCCCUUUACCUUGGACCUGGUGGUGAGGACUAUGCCCUGUCACAGGUAGUGCCGACCUUCUUCCAGCUCAUGAGCAUGAAGAACGAUAACUCGUCUGUUGGAGCGUUCCUUGACCCCGAUUUCCUCAUUGAAACGGGAACGAGCGUGUUCAAUGGCAUUGCUGCUCAACUGAUGCGACAACUCGCUCUUCAGCCAAUGGAGAAACAGGUGGCGGGAAAUAUCUCGUAUGUCGAGAACCGCCUGCAUGUCAAAGCACAGUCAACCGGUUUCAUGUGCGCCUUCCUGGCACUUCUCACACUGAUAGCCGUUGGCACAAUCUUUGUCCGACCUCGCGACGUGGUCCCUCAUGAGCCUGGCUCCGCUGCUACUACGGCUGCUAUUCUUGCGGCGAGUACACGUUGGUUCCUGUGCGUGACCAUUGUGUUGCCAUUGCUUCUCAUCGCCGCUCUAGAGAUCGUUCAACGUCUUUCAGACACCAACACUGGGUUCGUCGACAUUGGCCCGUCAGACUCGAUUGUCCUUGCAACAUACAUCCCAGCCGCGGUAGUACUUGGAGUUGCCAGUAUGUAUUCUGCCGUCGAGUUCAUGGUCGCUGUCUUUGCUCCAUUCCACGCACUCAAGAAGGGCAGAGCUCCCGCGGAGCGAUCCAUCAGCCUGAACAUGGUUGGCAAGCUCUUGCCCCAUGCAGCUUUCAUGUCCUUCAAGACCCGACAUUUUGCGGUCCUUGUGGCUUUGCUUGCCAAUUUUAUCGGCAGCUUUCUGACGAUUGUCAUCUCUGGUCUUUACAGCGCCAUCAACGUGCCUGAAGUUCAGGAUUUAGCGAUCCAGCAACUCGACACGUUCAACUUUAACAAUGUGGAUCUGUCACUCAGCGACAACCAGGCUGCUGCUAUCGACAGUCUUAUCGAGUACCUCGACUUGGACUAUCCACAAUGGACUCAUGAGGGGCUCGUUUACAACCAUUUCAAGCCGCCUCAGGUGAAGAUUGAGAAUUCGACUGAAGCGCCAUUCACCAUCAACGUCCCGGCAUAUCGGCCAAAGCUCAACUGCACGACUGUUGUUGAGAAACGAGAAGCAAAAAUGGUCAUGGUCGAUGCCAAAGGGAACUACACCCAAACCAUCCCGGGACAGAACGGGUUCACCGAGGCCAUCCAGGGCUACAUGCAGGUCGGUUUCAACACCACCUUGGAUUAUGCGAAAUGGUGCGAGAGGUCCCCAAACAAGAAUUUGACGGAAAACUGGUGGCAGGAGUCGUUUCUCAUGCCUUACACCUCGAACCCAGUAUACGUGGGACAAGCCUCAAUUAUGCAAUGGGGCAGCCAAUCCAUCUCGGGCAACGGUGCUAUCAAUACCAAUCCUACCACCGGCGAUGGCUACGGUGCCAACGGACUGAGCACUGGGAAUAACGGCUGCCCGACUUUUGCGCUCACUCUCGGGACCGUUCAAGUCAAGAGCCUCAAGCAGAUCGGGAAGAGUUCCGCUAAAUGGGACAUCGACUAUGACCUUGAAACCUUGAUGUGCUACCAGAACCUAGAGCGAGUGGAAACGAAUCUUACUUGGAGCCUGCCUGACUUUCAGUUCACCAGCUCAGGCAAGCCCAAGGUCGAUGAGUCUACAGCGACUCUGGUGAGGAACGGUACAGGCAGCUAUCGGUACGAAUAUGCCAUCAAUGCUUGGCUUGAGGGCCUAAGCGACUCUGUGUACAACCGCACCAUUCCGGGCCCGAACAGCACGAGCCCGGCAUACGCCAAUAUCGACCAGUUCAUCUCGGCGCUCGUUCAUGGCAAAGCUGGACGGCCUCUCGAAGAAUACCUUGGGGAGGGGGGCAGGGAGAAUGCGGCGAAAGGAGCCAGUCGUCUGUACGAGGUUUACAUGGCGCAGGCCAUGUCCUUGAACAUGCGCGGCAACGCUACCGACGGCACUCGACUGCCAUCGUACAACGGAACGUUGACAACGUCAGGGCACCGACGCCUGAAACAGAACAAGCCCACCAAGAUUGCGCUCCAGGCCAUGCUCGCGACCAUGGUUGUCUGUGCCAUCGCAACGACGCAGCUGAUGGAAGUCCGAGGUGUCCUGCCACAUAACCCGUGCUCAAUCGCCGGUACAGCAACUCUCCUUGCCGGCGGCGAAAUGACUACACCCGAAUUCGUUCCUCCUGGGUCAGAAUGGCGCAAUGAUGGAGAGCUAGCUCAAUCAGGAGUAUUUAGCAGGAGUCUCUAUACACUGAAGUAUUGGGACACUACCGACUCAUACAUGAGGGAGAAGCAGCGGUACGGCGUCGACGUGGACCGUGCUAUUGGAUGA